GCCGAGCAGGAGCGCUGAGAGCUUCUCCCUGCUUCCCAGCUUUCUGUAUAACCGUUAUUAAAUGUUUGAGCAGUUAAAGCAGCGGUGUACGUUUAGAACAUGGCAGGAAUUUCUCUGAGGACCGGACUAUAGGCUGAGCGCAACUUUAUUUGGCUAUUUCGUGGCUUGGACGCGGAACUUGAAACGCCAAAGGUGAACAAUGACCGAAUAUAAGCUGGUGGUGGUGGGAGCUGGUGGCGUUGGCAAGAGCGCUCUCACCAUCCAACUCAUCCAGAACCACUUUGUGGACGAAUAUGAUCCAACUAUAGAGGACUCAUACCGGAAACAGGUGGUGAUUGAUGGAGAGACGUGCCUACUGGACAUCCUGGACACAGCAGGUCAGGAGGAGUACAGCGCCAUGAGGGACCAGUACAUGAGGACAGGGGAGGGUUUCCUCUGUGUCUUUGCCAUUAAUAACACCAAAUCCUUUGAGGACAUUCACCACUACAGAGAGCAGAUUAAAAGAGUGAAAGACUCCGAGGAUGUUCCCAUGGUGCUGGUGGGAAAUAAGUGUGACCUGCCAUCUCGCACAGUGGAUACCAAGCAAGCUCAGGAUUUAGCACGUAGCUAUGGAAUUCCUUUCAUAGAGACCUCAGCAAAAACGAGACAGGGGGUUGAUGAUGCCUUUUAUACUUUAGUACGGGAAAUCCGAAAGCACAAGGAGAAGAUGAGCAAGGAGGGCAAGAAGAAGAAAAAGAAGUCCAAGACAAAGUGUAUACUAAUGUGAAUAAUACCUGGAUUUCAGUAUCAACUCCAAACAGAAAAUUUAAAUGACAUUUUGUACAUUACACUAAAUUAUUAGCCUCUUCGAAGUGCAUAAUGGACCCCAUUCAUCCUUUUAAAAACAAAUGUUUCUUGUUUAGUGCCAGGUGCCCCAGAGUAUUGGUCCUGAAUUGCUUUGGACUUUUAAUUUACGGUCACCGUCAAAAGUUUGUUUCACCAUAAGAUUUAUUUUUCUGUGUAGCAUUUAUGAACUUGAGGAUUUUAUAAUUUUCAAAAAGAUUUCUGUAUUACCAGGUUUUAUAGAGAAUUGAAAAAAAAUCAUGGGCACAUACUGUGCUUCAUAAUCAUAUUAAUACAUCUUUGUCACCCAAAACAUCUUUUAAAGACAAUAUUAUUUGUCCUGUAUUGAAUAAUAGAUAGAUAGAUGGGGCAAAUAGGGAAUGCAGCAUGUCUAUUAAAGUCAGCUUAAGCAUUUACAUUUCCAGUUCCUUGUCCUCUAAAUAAUACCAAAAUCAUGGGCAGUUAUGCAGUUAUGUAAUGUUAUGCAGUCAUAUCUUUCUGUCAUGUUUAGGACUUUAAGAUUUUGCAGUGAGAUGUCUUUAUUACUGUUUGGUAAAAAAAAAAUUACUGCAGUGAUUUUUGUUUUUGUUUGUUUUGUUCAAUGUUCUUACAUUCUUUGCCCCAAAUUGUGUUGAAUUAAAUGCUAGGAUUAAAAGAAACUUGCAGGAUUUAGAACAUGCUGUGCAAAAUUGCAGCUUGCCAUACAUCGUAGUAAAUGUUAUUGAGAAUAUAUUCAGUAUAAUCUAUCAUCUCGACAUCAUUUAGAGCCAACUCUGUAUAAGGUAAUAUUUUAAUAUUCCACCACUGUGUAACAAAAGAUCUACUUGUUUGGUAUUUCACUGAUUUAUAUUAACCUGCAUGUGAACGUUGUCCAUUGUAGUCCUUUUGUAAGCUAUAGGAAGUGGGAUGUGGGUAGUUAUCAUUUAACCCCAAGCCUCUGUUUUCAUUUGCAUGCUGUUCUUUUGUUCUAAUUACUUGGGAAAGACAGUGAGGUGGUAAAGUAUUUAAAACAGUCCAUGUUGUCAGAGUAAGAAAUUUUAAACUAGUAUGUAUUUUUAAAGAGACAAAUUCUCCCAGUAUUGAGGUUGAUUUAAUGAUGGUGAUCUAGGUUUUGUAUUAUGAUGUCUUUAAUAGCUGAAAUUAUAAAAAACACAAUGUUACAGUAGAAUAAAAGCUUACAAUUUAGGGUUCCUCUCAUGAACAUAUGUGCUUAUUAAAUUGUAAAGAAUAAGAAUCAUAUUGCUAUACGUCCAGCCAAAUGCAUUGUUAUGGAUUUACCCUCGUAAGGUAGGAAAUGUGCCCAGCCACAUAGUAAUAAAUCUACCUGGUUUGUCUACCACUUCUCAAAGACAUUAUAAACGCAAAACAAAAAUGAUUAACUAAAUGAACUAUCGUUGCUGCCAUAAAGACAUUGCACCACUUAAUGUGUUGCUUGCCUGUUGCAUCUGCUGCUUGCCUAUUAAAUGAACGUUUCCAGAUACAUGCACAACUGUCUUUCCUUGUUUGAAAUAAAAAUGCUGAUGUAAAAGUUGAGGGCAAACACUACCAUAAAGGCUUUCCAAAGCAUAUGUCAAAAAGCAUAGUUGCCUUUUUAUGUGUUUUUUUUUUUUUUUUUUUUUUUUUUUUUAAUCAUGGAUUAAAUGAGUAAAAUGGUGCUUUUUGUAUAUCCACCCUUUAUAUUACAUGAGUACAAUAGUUUGAUUUGUUGCUAAUGCUGCAUAACAAAAAAAAUCUGGAUAGCCUGUGAUAUGCAAUGCAAUUUUGCAAUUUUUUUUUUUUUUUUUGCCUCUCUCCCUUUUAAACUAAAGUGACAAUACAUUUAAAAGAAAUUAUCAGUAGAGAUUCAGUUUUGUGUGCGAGAUGUUGUAUUCCUCAACCUCUUACUCCUGGUGUUGGUGUGCCAAUAAAAUAAUUCUUAAUAUUCAUGUAUACCUGGAGUGUAUUUUGACAACCUUUGUACAGUUCUUAUACAAAAAGAUGCAUAUUUUGUAAAUUGUGCUUUAGUUUCUUUUGUUUGUUAAAAUAAAUGUCACUUUAAUAGA